AUAAUUUUUUGUUGUCUGUUUCCAUAAAUUUGUACAAACCAGUUGCAGCUUUUGCUUAAUCUACCGUUUUCGAUAUUCUAAUCAACCGAUCUAUUCUUUUUUGUCUUCUUGUGGUAAAUAAUCAAGAUGAGCAGGCCACAGGAACCACACCGCCCUUUCUUCUCUUUCGGGAAUCCUUUCCGGAUGAUAUCACCAAAGGGUUCUCAAUUGUCUCCAAGGCUUCUUUCCUUAUUGAAUGCUUUUGAGGAAACCUUGGCAGAGAGGUUGAGGAAACUUAAUCCCAAGGAUAAGAAUGACAUUCUUAGCUUAACAUGGAUGAACUAUGCGAUGGAUUCACUUUGUGAGACUCAUACUGACAUAAAAACCUUGAUUACCGAUCUUGAGCUCCCUGUGACUCACUGGGAUGAGAAAUGGAUAGAUGUAUACUUUGACAUUAGUGUAAAGUUGCCCGAUAUUUGCAUUGCUUUUAGCUCUGAGCUUUCCCGGCUUAACCAAGGCCAUCUCUUGCUUCAAUGUGUCCUGCAUAAUUUGGAGUCCAACACUUCAAAGAAAUUCGUGCAGGUGCGAUCUUCCCUUGAUAGCUGGAGAAAACACAUUAGUUCAAAGAAUUUACGAGUGGAGAACUGUCGCUCCAUCUUGGAUAAUCUUGUGGAAUCACUGAAUCUGCCAAAGGUUAAGAACUCAGCUAAAGGAAAGGUCUUGAUGCAGGCAAUGUAUGGAGUUAAGGUGCUAACAGUGUUUGUAUGCAGUGUUUUUGCUGCUGCCUUCUCAGGUUCUUCAAAGAAUUUGUUAGAUUUGGAUGUCCCAAACACAAUCUUGUGGGCACAAGCAUAUUGUAAUUUGCAAACAAAUGUGAAUGUCAAAAUCAGAGAGACGUUUUCCGGUGGAAAAUUUACAGUCCUGAAGGAAUUGGAUGCAGUUGAUUCAAUUGUGAAGAAGUUGUAUCCCAUGAUUCAAGAUGGGCUAAAGCCUGUUGAAGUAGAAGCAUUGCAAAAUUCUGUUUCAGAUUUAAGAACAGGUGCUGAAAGACUCUCUCAAGGGCUGGAUUUUCUUGCAAAGGAAGUGGACGUCUUUUUUAAGAUAGUUUUGAGUGGGCGCGAUGCUUUACUUUGUAAUUUGAGAGCAUCUGGUGCUGUCACUGACCCAAUGUUAGGUACUAAUGUAGGAGAGCCGACUGUGUGAUGAAUAUGUUUGAAGCUAACUUUUCGAAUGUAUACAUAUGGUUUAAUUGUGAGAUGUUUCCUUAGUUGUAGCAUCUUGUAUGGCUUAUUAUAUUACGUAUAUGCAGAAUUAAGAAACGCUUUCUGCUGUUA